AUGAACGACUUGCCUUUGCAUCUCCUAGACGAGAUUCUCUUCAAAUUAGAUCUCAAAUCUCUGGCGAUGAUGCGAUGCACGAAUUUAUUCAUCAAAUCUCAUAUAUCCGACGAUCCAAAUUUCGAAAAGGGAUAUUCUUUUCGAGCCCGAUCCGGUUUUAUUUACACGUGCGGCCCUUUGGUCUUCUACAAGCCUUCCGUCUCUUCAUGCGAUUCUAUGUCACAGCUAAGAUGUUUGUUUCCUGUGUAUCCAUACUGUUACAUUCUCGGCUCGUGUUCCGGCCAUCUCCUAUUAUACAGGCGUGGCCUCUUCGUAGUGAUGAAUCCCGUCACAAAGAUGUUUCGACACUUGGAUCACUCUGGAUCAACGCUUUUGGCUACAAUAAUUGGUAGCAAAAAGGUUAAUACAGAGAGAGCUAUGUGCGUUGGUUUUGCUGUAGAUCGAAGUAGAACCACCAAGAGAUUCAAGAUCGUCUGCGUACUUGAAAAUCAUACCAAGUAUGCGUUUGAGGUCAACGAUGGAGAUACGUGGAGAUUAUCGGAAACGACCAUCACCACCAACUCAAAAAGUGAUCUCACAAAGCGAAUGAAACCUGUUUACUUGGAAGGCACUCUACACUGGUUGAGAAACGACGGAAGCAUCAUAGCUUUCAAUCCUGUGACAGAGCAAGCACGCUUUAUUCCCUCCAUAUUCCAUCCCAAACCAUCGACGAAACUGUUUUUCGCGUCCGACGAUAAGAUCAAUCGCCUGACCUUAAUAUCCGGGACAAAAGAAGCAAUCUCGGUUUACACACUAGUCGAGGGUACCAAGUGGGCCCUCGCCAGAAAGAUCAAGAACGUACCUAUGACGGAAAAUGAACUCGAAUUUUGGAACGUGGUUGCAUACGAUGGCAAGCAUUUGGUGGUGAAAGAUAAAGGAAAGGCUAGUAUAUUUGGUGUGGCUCAUGUGUACGACAUGGAAGCUAACAGUUGGGGAGCUUUGUGGUCAACCCGAUGUAAGGCAAAUUACAACGACCUAGACUUCUGUAAGUUUAAACCUUUCUUUUCCUUUUUCGAGCAUACCACAAAGGUAGCUUCUAAGGACUUGCCCAUAUGUAGAAUCAUUCGACUCCUUGAUACAACCGACGGACUUGGCCCCGCUGAUGCAUUUCCCUGUCGACCUGGUGGUUUUAACGGUAUGCCUGAUCCAUUUGGUAUGGGUCCAAGACCCUUUGGACCGUACGGACCGAGGUUUGGUGGUGAUUUCAGCGGACCUGUACCUGGGAUGAUGUUUAGCCUCGGUUAA